AUGGCAAGAACUACUGCAGUAAAGAAAUACGGCAAACAGGCAAAGCGGUCAAAAGCCGAACGCCUGUUUGCCGAGCUGCCCCAAAGCCCAGUACGGCCAAAAAGGGAACCAGAUGCUAAGGAAGACUCGGUGUCUCUUGUAACAGAGAAAGUGUCGUCGAUAACAAUCGAUGAAAAGCCAACUACCAAGUCAAGAACACGACCAUUGGAAAAGGCUACAGAUUCUAUCAAAAAGGCAACAACUGAGAUCGCCCAUGUCAAGGAAGACGUAAGCCUGAAAAUAUUCGAAGACGAGGACGUCGCAAAAGUCGAAGAAGCUGUCUCGGAACCAUCAUUGGAUGAAGACGAACUUUCAAGAUUAGUGAAAGCUCAGGUUGCCUCAGAAGCAGAAGAGGCCGCUCAAGAAGCACCGCUACGAACCCUAACAUGGGACGAUGUUUGCCCCCCUGGAGAUCAGAUCAUCAAAAUCGCCGAAGCUUCUUACGCAGAAGUAUACCGCGUUACGAAUAAUCGUGGAACAAGCAUCAUCAAAGUUAUUCGACUUCCCUCGCCCAUAAAGCCGCAGACCAAAGCCCAGGUUCGUUCUGGUCUAGUCGACGAGGAGCCGCAUCCUGAAGAGGACAUCAAAGGCGAGCUGCAGAUUUCAGAAUGGCUGGCCGACAUCCCAGGAUUCGUUGUCUACAAAGAACGAUAUGUUGUUCAAGGCAAGACAACGAAGGAGCUUCUGGAGACACAUCAAUCAUUUCAGAAGAAGAUGAAGCGUCAGGAUCCGGAUCGAGCUCAGUUUUAUCCUUCACCAAGUCGAUACCUGGAUGACACGCAAUUCUUGGUGGUUGAGCUGGGUGACGCUGGGACGUCGCUAGAAGAUUGGAAGUUGACCAGCGAAAGUCAACUAUGGGAUAUAUUUUUCUUACAAGCUAUCGCUUUGGCAAGAGCCGAGGAUCUUGUUAUGUUCGAGCAUCGUGACCUUCACGAGGGCAACCUAUGUAUCCGUCAAGUCCAACCAGCUCGGGAGAUGGACCCCCGCUCGGAAGGCUUCUUUGGCUUCUCAGGCUUGGACAUCACUAUUCUAGACUAUGGCCUGUCUCGCGGAGAAGACCUUUCUAUCGACGACGCAAAGCCCGUAGCGUUUGAUCUCGAAAGAGAUCUCAGUCUUUUCACCAGCACACACGCAGCACAAUGCAAAGUCUACCGCCAGAUGAGAUCAUUCCUCCUCCGGGCAGACCGCACAUGUUUAGCACCAGGAGCCCACGACACCCCUUAUGCCAAGGGUAUUGACGGGCCCCUCUCGUGGGAUGCAUAUGCACCAUAUACGAAUGUGCUUUGGCUAGCAUACCUCUACGAAUACAUCAUAAGCCACUACAAGGGCGAGAAGAAGGAGCUUGCACGAUUCAAGAAGGAGACGCGAGAAAUGUGGAAGUAUCUAGACCCAGAUGCGGGAGAGGAAGUACCCUGCUUCGGUUGUGCUGCAGACGUAGUGUGCUUCGCCGUUGAGGCUGGAUGGAUCCGCCAGGAGCAGUUGAACGGGGCUGAAGAGUCACUUCUUGAGCGAGAAGAUAGCAUCAUUGGCAUCCGAGAGGAGACCGAGGAAGUAAGCUGCGAGAGAACACCGAUCAGAAGGUCGACCCGUAGGCGAUAG